UGUCAUUUUCGUAUAUAAAUGAACUCUGCGAAACGUCUCCCUUUUAUAACCUCAAAAAUGCGCGAGAUGCAUCAAACUCCAAUGGUGAAGUGAGCUUUUUCUAAUCAUUAAUUAGUGCUAAAGUGAACGGAUUACCACAAUGCCAUCGAAAAAGAGAAAAUACAACGCCCGGUUUCCCGCCGGGCGAAUUAAGAAGAUAAUGCAGACAGACGAGGAGGUCGGGAAAGUGGCCCAGGCUGUGCCAAUCAUAAUUUCUCGGACACUGGAGCUGUUCGUGGAAUCCCUUCUCAGCAAAGCCCUACAAGUGACGACCGCCAGGAACGCCAAGACCCUCAGCCCUUCACACGUCAAGCAGUGUAUACUAGCUGAAGCUCGCUUCGACUUCCUUAAGGACUUGGUCGCAAACAUACCAGAUGUGUCGGCGGCAGAAGAGAAAGAAAUGAUGAGCGCCGAGGACUCCCCAAAUUCAUCUAGAUUUUCAGACUCAGCUCCCCGCCGACUAGCCAGAGAUGACUCCAAUAGCUCGAGUAGCAGCGAAAUCCGACCGCGGAUCCAAAGAGACAUGCCUCGCAGCAUCUCCUUGGACCCCGAUAUACAUAGGCACAGGCCCGAACCCUCCUCCACCAUAGUCUCCACAGACACAGUCAUGGAUUUAUCCAAAAAGUCAACAGAACCAAAGGUUCGUGCAAACUUCUACCAAGAAACGCUACCCGAUGAGGUACAGCAAACCAGUGUCAUAACCCCCAACCCGACUUACGCGCAACCGUCAACCUCAAAUUUCGUCCCAAAAGUCGACGUGCCAAAGCCAACGAAAUUCUACGUAGAUGUACCAAUACAGAACAACAACACGCCUGUAACGCCAAUUUUAAACAUAGACUUUUCUAAAAGCUUAGCCGCGCCCGAGAUAAAAGUUUUAAGCCCUCUAGAAAAACCGAGAUUACAAAGGCAGAAUUCGAAACCACAUAAGGAGGUUAAGAAAUUUAAAACUCCCAUAGCCCAUAUCGACAUAGAUUUGACGGGCAAUCUACAGAUCGAUGAAGACUAUGAUACCUGAAUACGUUUGUAAGUUUUGUUUUUGUAUUUUGUAAGUGAUGUUUGUUAUUCAAUGAGGUUUUUUAAUAAAA